CCCACGACGCGCUAUCCUUUGCCAACCGUCAAAGAGUCUGUACGCACACAGAACCGGAACAUCCUAGGACUGGAUGGGCAUUUCUCCGAACUCGACACAUUUUACCAUAAAAUAAUAGUAAAAAAGAACUCGCAGUGUGGAAAUAUCAAGAGAACAUUGUGAUACGUUUGCAGAACACGGAUAGAACGGGUGAAACAGGUGCACAACGCCGUCCAAACAAACUGCGCAGGCUGUGUGUGUGUGUGUGUGUGUGUGUGUGUGUGUGUGCGUGCGACAGGUUUGAUAGGAAAUAUGCCGCCAACGGCUGAACCGCCAACCGUGGCAAAGAAAGAAGCAUCAGCUGCCCUGCCCAACAAAAACAAAGCAAAACAAAAAGUUUCGCUCAAUAUAAUCUAUCCACCCUUUGAACCGGAACUUCUUGACUUUUGGUUUCUUGCCUUGGAAGCCACGUUUGUUAUGAAUGGCCAUUACUCGGACAGGUACAGGUACAAUGCGCUCAUCACUUGCCUAGGCAGCCGCGCCAAAAUGGUCCGCAAGACGAUCCAAAUGUGUAGUACGUUAAACUCGAAGAAAAAGUACAAAAUUCUCAAAGCUGCCGUACGUGCCUGCUAUCCUACGGUAGAAGAGCAGAAACCCGCCACCACACCUCACCCGCUCACCACCGUGAAGCUUGGCGACCGGAAGCCGUCCGAGCUGCUAGCCGAAAUGCGCCUCUUGGGCAAAGGAUGCCCGGAUUCAUUGCUCGAAUACGUUUGGCUUCGUGCACUGCCGGCUUCGAUACAGUCGGCCGUUAGUGUGCAUGUCGAUGCCGUAGAGGUUCCUUCAAUCGACGACUCGGCUGCCAAGGCGGACAAGAUGUUGGAGAAAUUACGCCGCGCGGAGGAACGAGCCAAACAAAACAAAAUAACAAAUCAGCAAAUGUCACAAGUUACUGCAUUGAUGGAUAAAAUUAUGAAAACAACCGAAGAGCUGCGACUCCUCUCCGCUUCUUCCUCCAAAGCGCAGGAUUCGAGUAGUACCGUUUCGUGGACCUGCUGGUAUCAUAGCAUCUACGGCAGACAGGCGUAUAAUUGCGAGGUGCGGAAUAAAAACGAUUCUAGUAUUAAGUGCGAUUUCUUAGCCAGAAAUCCAUAAUGCAAAUUUUAAAAUAUCUUGUGAAAUGUCUGAUCUUUUUAAACCAGAAUUACAACCUAUAGCCAUCGAUCAUUUGACAAUGUAUUAAAUCUGUUAAAAAAAGAGAAUACAAUAACAAA